AUGUGGUGGGGGAGUGAGGAGACCAGCGGGAUUGGACUUCGGGGCGGCGACCAAGGGAGGGGGAUGAUGGAGUCGGACCACCUCCAGAGGCACCACAGACACCAGCCGAGGGAGAACCAGUGCAGCUCCACGCUGUUCAAGCGCAUCAAAGCCCCUGUCCACCUGGUAUGUUGUUAGUCUCUCCCCCAGUCAGCCUCCGUCGCUCGCGUCGGCUGCUCGUGCUUGGCGGCGGAUAAGAGCUCGUCUUUAUUCGCGGCCGUUUUCGCCACGUUUUUGUAGGUGAUCUGCAAAUUUUGGGAGAUUAUUUAUUGCGAUACACUUUCCUCGAUUCGGCCUGUAUUGAUAUUUGAGUUCGUAUCUGUUCUUUCCAAAUCUGAUUUUCUCCCUGUCAACCGGAUUAUUUUUUUCCUUCCGUGUUCUAAUCGUAGGAAUCUCCUCCCUCCCUCCGGUGAAUGCUACGCCGUUUUUCUGGUUCUCGCGUCUCUGUGUUCUUCAUCAUUGGAUCACCGACGAAGAAUCCACAGGCCGUGAAAGCACCGAAUCAUCUCUUCUCAUUGUUGACUGCGGUGCUCUUCGUUCGUUGAUGUGCUGCGGCAACAGGUGUGGUCUCUGGUGAGGCGAUUCGACCAGCCGCAGAGGUACAAGCCCUUCAUAAGCCGGUGCGUGGUACAGGGAGACCUCAGGAUCGGGAGCGUUCGAGAGGUCGACGUGAAAUCCGGCCUCCCGGCGACCACCAGCACCGAAAGAUUGGAGCUUCUCGACGACAACGAGCACGUCCUCAGCAUCAAGAUCCUCGGCGGCGACCACAGGCUUAGGGUGCGUGAGAUUUCUUCUCCCCAUCUUCCUCCUCGCAACCGCAUCCUCUCCGACCUUCCCUUCUUCUCCAUCACGAUUCGAUGAGGUUGCCUGCAAAAUGGCAACUGCAUCCUCUCCGACCUUCAAACGAUGGCGGAUUGAGCUCCGUUCUGUUCUGGCGGCUCACGUCAGUACCUCUAAACCGGGGCAUCCAUAUGUUUUGACUGCUGAAAACGUUCGUCUUCUUUCUCGAUCUUAUGAGCCAGUUUUGUUGGAUUCUCCGUGCCCUUUUUUCAUAGCUCGUCGUUCUGAUUCAUUCUUCUGCAUUUUCCUCUGCAGAACUACUCGUCCGUCAUCUCGCUCCACCCGGAGGUGAUCGACGGGAGGCCCGGCACGCUGGUUGUGGAGUCCUUCGUGGUGGACGUCCCCGAGGGGAACACCAAGGACGAGACCUGCUUCUUCGUAGAGGCCCUCAUCAAGUGCAACCUCAAGUCCCUGGCCGACGUCUCCGAGCGCCUCUACUUGCAGGACCUCCCCCCGGACAACAUCUUCACCCAGGCCGGCAUCUGA